AUGACCACCUCCAGCCGAAGCGUGCUCGUCAUCGGAGGCUCAUACGCCGGCCUGCAUGCGGCCGAGCUCCUGGCCCAGCAGCUUCCCAGCCACUGGUCCGUCACCCUCGUCGAACGGAACACCCACUUCAACCAUGUCUAUUCGUUCCCCAGAAGCGCAGUCGCCGGACAGGCCCACCGAAACUUCAUCCCCUACACCGGCAAGCUCAACAAACUCAACAACCAAGCCCAAUCCGACUCCAGUCUAUCCGGUGCACACCCAAAGAUAAGGUUGAUCAAUGCUUCGGUCACGAAGAUCGUCGACCGGAAGGUCUUCCUCGACCGCAUGGUCGACCUCCAGCAGCCCCUCGCCCAUCCGCUCUCUUCGCCUGCCCACGAACCCAUCCACGCCCUCUCCUCAUCCGUCCUCGCCGACUCACCCGCCGGAAGUGUGGUCACCGACAGCGGCUACGCCUCCUCGGUCACCACCAAAAGCCCAACCAAAGGUAAACAUCAACUCGCAUCCGCUCAAAGCAUCGAACAAAUCGGCAAUCCACCCGCCGACCGAGCGCCCCAACAGACCUUCCAAGUCGGUUGGGACUUCCUGGUCUAUGCCCUAGGCUCCCAUAUGCCACCGCCUCUGCAUCUCCCCAUCAACCAACACCGCUCGAAGCUGAACGGCGUCGCAUUCUUGGAAGCACAACGAGCCGCCAUCGCAGCUGCCGAGAAGAUCGUCAUCGUCGGCGGAGGCGCGUUAGGGAUCCAAUCAUACAAAGCGGUACUAGAGUAG